AUGGCGGCGCCACCUCGACAUGCGACCAUGCUGUCCAUCAGCAAUGGGGACAAGCCAGCGCAAACCCAAGCUCAAUCCCAGCAGGGCACACUGCCACAAUCCCCCGGGCUGCGUGUGCCCUCGAAUCGCAAGACCAUCUACGACCGACACCUGAAUCGCAGCCGCAAUGCAGAGUCCAGCCGGGCAAGCUUUGCCUUUCUCUUCGGAGAGAUGGUUACAUAUGCCCAGCGGAGGGUGACGGGCAUUCAAGAUCUGGAGAAACGUCUAAAUGAACAAGGCUACCCUCUCGGCCUUCGCCUCCUCGAUCUCCUAUUCUACCGCUCAACAUCGACAUCCUCCUCCGCUCUCUCAAGCUCCUCAACCUCAUCAUCACCCCCGAACCGUCCCCUCCGCAUCAUCACCCUGCUCCACCUGAUCCAUGGACCUCUCUGGCGCCUCCUGUUCGGUCGUGCCGCAGACGCCCUCGAACACUCCGUCUCUCCGGACACUCCAAACGAGUACAUGAUUACCGACAACGACCCGCUGGUCAACACGUAUAUCAGCGUGCCGCGGGAAAUGAGCAUGCUCAACUGUGCGGCCUUCGUCGCCGGGAUCAUCGAGGGUGUCUGUGACGGAUGUGGUUUCGAGACCAAGGUCUCUGCUCACAACCAGCCUACGGAUCUCUGGCCCAGUCGCACAGUGUUCCUGGUCCGGUUCGGAGAUGCGGUCAUGGAGCGGGAGAAGGUGUUGGAGAGAUCCGGUGUCAAAUAA